CCCAAGCACCCAUAUGUCUCUUGAAUUGACAGUUAGACUUGCUUCUAUAAUGAGCUAGUCAGACGCUCUUGAAUGGCGAUGUCAACUUUGUAUCUCUCGUUUAACUUCUGGUCGUACGGUAUCAUUUUAAUUUUAUUUCUGUCAUAGGAUGUUUAUUUGCACAGUACGUAAACUGUUGAUCGCAAUUGGUCCACUUCCUAAUAAUUAUUCUUAUUUGUGGUUAUAGUUUAGAAGCAACGUCACGAGUGCAAAGAAAUUCCUAAAUUCCUUCAAAGAAAUUAGGAGGUGUUCAUAAAUAAAAAAAGCAUAACCCUAAAGAAUAUAAAUACAACGCACACUGCUAACUGCACAGGAAUAUUAACACAAGACAAGCUCUCAACCGCAUCACAAGAAAAUGGCUCAAUACAAGGGCGCCGCGAGUGAGGCGGGGCGCGCCCAGCAGAUCUUGAAGCGUCGGGAGCGCGAGCAGGAGGAGCUCGAGCAGAAGCGUCGUAAGGUCGAAGAGACGCUCAAGAUCAACAAAAUUGAGAACAAAUUUGCGGUGCAUUGUGAUGCCGUCGAGCAACAGCUCAAGAGCUCUACGAUCGGUCUGGUGACGCUCACGGAAAUGAAGGCCAAGCAAGAAUUCGUCGUCAAGGAGAGGGAGAAAAAGCUUGCAAGGAAGCAGAGAGAAGAAGAGAGGAAGAGGAACCGUGAAAUUCAAGCUAAAAACGAACAAAAAAGAGAAGAAAAAAGAAAGAUCGCCAAACUGAGUUUUGCCCUCGACGAUGACGAUGAGGAGGAGGAAGGCGGAGACGAAGAAGAGGAGAAAGACGGCGACGAAAGCGACGGAGAAAAGGACGAGAAGAAAAAGAAGGGAGGAAUUUUCAAAAAUCCCGACGUGGAUACCAGCUUCUUGCCGGACAGAGAGCGAGAAGAGGAGGAGAACAGGCUUAGAGAAGAGCUGCGACAGGAGUGGGAGAACAAGCAGCAGGCCACCAAGAAUGAAGAGAUCGAGAUCACGUUCAGCUACUGGGACGGCUCAGGCCACCGUCGCUCUGUCGUCAUGAGGAAAGGCAACAGCAUCUACCAGUUCCUGCAGCGGGCGCUUGAGCUCCUGAGGAAAGAGUUCAACGAACUACGCGCGGCCACCGCCGACCAUCUCAUGUACAUCAAAGAGGACCUCAUCAUCCCGCACCAUAACACGUUCUACGACUUCAUUGUCAAUAAGGCCCGCGGCAAGAGCGGCCCGCUCUUCCACUUCGACGUGCGCGACGACGUCAGACUCACCAGCGACGCGAGCAUCGAAAAAGAAGAAUCUCACGCGGGUAAAGUUGUGAUGCGGGGUUGGUACGAACGCAACAAGCACAUAUUCCCAGCCAGCCGCUGGGAACCCUAUGAUCCCAACAAGAACUACGAAAAAUACACCGUGCACGACAGCAAGAAGAAAAAAUAAAGGGACACAUGGAGUUAAAUUUAUUGAUCUUGCCAGAGUCAACAGUUAAUUUACGGUUAGACGCGGAAAUAGAUUUUCAGAGACAUGUUAUCUGGAAUGCAAGUUAAAAUUCUUCAGUCGUCGCAGAAAAAAUAUAGUUUUUUUUAAACUAAAGAUGUAAAAAUUAAAUUUAACGUAACAAUUUCGGGUGGCAGGCGCUGCCUUGCUUUCAUAGUAAAGGUGAAUUUGAUUCACCAUUAUGGAGUCAAGGUUCUUUUCCCAGUAAGAUAACGUAGUUAUUACCAGUUCACAGUAAAUCGAGCAUAUGUGUAAAAUAUCUACUUAACUAACUACAUGAAACUGGAGGUCAACAUUGUACAGAAUUGUGGAUCUGUAUUGGUAUUGAUUUAAUAAGGAGUACAUUACCAUGUCUACCUGAUCCAUAAUGUAAGCUAACUUAAUGAAUAAAAUCCACAUUGCGACAUUACACCUGGCGAAAUUGUAUGGUAGCAGCACUUGUCACGCGCUAUUUUUUUACUUCCCUACCUUAUUUAUAAUUUUAGCAUGUUAUUAAAACCUUCGAUUAUUCUAAGCCUUUUCCACCCCAAUAAAUAAUUUAUACAAUUAUACAUUUUCACACGCGAAAUAAGAUGCCGCAAUCAUGUUUAAUUUAAUCAGUGAUUUUUAUGAAGCGUUUACAACUAAUUCUCUGAGAAUCUUCAAUGAACUUCAUUCAGGAUACCGAUGUAACAACUGAUUUCAAAUAUUAUGUGGCAGUCCAUAAACUUCCGCAUCACAUGAACUAUCUUUACAUAUUAUUUAUCAUAUUUACAAAUUGUCGAAUCUUUUCUAUCCUUAAAACAAGAUUACGACUGUAAAAGUUCAUGUCAUUGGUUGGUUUUCAGAACUCUGUAAAACUAUGCGUCAUAGUCUAAAAAUAAAGCAAAAAAUUUU